UGAGAGGUCUGAAGGAGAGGGAGACCCAGGGCAAAGCAGAGACAUCCAGCUUGGAGCAGCUGGAACGCCCCCUGUAGCCACGGAGAACCCCACCACCACCCCGGCGCCCCCCAGGUCCCGAUGCAGCAUCAUGGAGGAGGAGAGGGUCCAGAGGUGCUGCUGGUGAAGAAAGAGGGGUGUGGGGAGGGUCUGGGGAACCCUGAGGGGACCAUGGUCAUGGAGGACAACCAGACUACACCUCCUCCUGAACCCACAGAGUGUCACUGAGUCGGUAGACAUGGAGGAUGGGAAGCCUGAUCUGCUGCUGGUCAAAGAGGAGACAAUAGAAGAUGGACCAAAGAUGGGGGAGCAAGUCCAUGAAGACCUGCUGGUAUCCAGUGUUACUGGUGGGAGAGACAGGACAUCGGAGUUGGCUGGUCACAAAUCCUGGCUCCGGAUCAGGACCCUGGAUGAGAAGUCUUCGCUCUUCCUUCCCGAGUCAGAACCAGGACCCAACCACGAGGGACAGAGACUCCACCACCACACAGAACACAACCAGUGGACAGGUGGACUGAACAACCUCAGUCCUGGUGGUCAUCAGAGAGACAGAGGCUCCAGUCAGGGAUCCAGUCUGCAGCCCAGACCCUUCUCUUCACAGUCUCAGAGCAGGGAUGUAGCAGGGCCUGGGGCUGAUAGAGAUAGACCCUCCUGUUCCUAUGAUACAAACACCACAGUAUCCAUUAUGAACAGAGCAGGUCAUCCUGGGCUUCAACCUUCAGAGGGAGUGGUGAGAGACCUUCCUGUUGGUAGUCUAUCAGCAAGUAUGUCUUCUCCUUUAGGGUCUUGUCUAAAGCGUAGUGACUGGGUUCAUAGAAGGGCCUUCCUCAGUUACUUAAUGAUUACCUCAAACAGCAUGUUAGUUGUGUAGGGCUUAAUGAUGUUGAUGGUAAAAUAUGUAGCAUGAAAACAGCUCUGUUAAUGUGACCAUUACAUCAGUGCAGUUUUCAAUUAUUUUAUUUAUCCAUUAUUUUACCAGGUAAGUUGACUGAGAACAUGUUCUCAUUUACAG